UCCGUUGGUCGAGAGUCGGGUCUUAAAUUAUUAAAUACGAUGGCCAACGCGAUACGCGCUUAUGUGAUCGCGACUUUAGUAGUAUUAGUGAUUAGUAAGGGGGUUGGUGGCGAAACUGUAGAAGCAGAGGAGUUAGUAAGGGACACGGAGUACGAUUUGAGGGUGUUGAGUAAACAGGUGAAGGCGCUCCUCGAGAGGAGAUCGGAGGACCUGAAGAGUAUCGAGGAGAGUGUGAGGAGGACGGUGUUUAAUGGGCCGGAGGUGGAGGAGUUGAGGGAUCAAGUGAAAAGUUUGAAGCAAGAGAUCGAGCAACUCCGUUCGGGUCAACCGCUCGCCGCACCCACUCCCCAAACAAAAAACGAAAAACUGACAGUAAAAUGGCUCUCGAACGCGAUUUUCGAGAUCAAAAACGAAAUGGGCGAGCUUCAACAAGUGGUGAACUCCACCGCUCUACUGCAGACUCACGAGCUUCACGAGUCCCAAAUGGGGAUGCUCAGGAGCGACCUCAAGAGCCUCAACUCCGAAUUGGACCAGUUCAGGAUCUUAAAUGCGAAAAAGGACGCCGAACUGACCGUGAUCAAGGAGGAAUUUAACGUUUUACGGAGCGAUUGGAAGAGCAUGGCCGUGCUUAACGCUAAAAUGAGACACCAGCUAAAAUCUCUACAGCUCGAAUGGUCUCAUAACUGGAAACAGCUACAAGAACAACCUCUGCCCCCACUGGCCCCAGAGAACGCCACGCACUCCCGCCAUCAGAAAAUAAUGCGCCACCACAUCAUCCAUUUGGAAAAGGCCACCAAGCACCUCCAAGAAGAGAACACCUACCUAAAAACCAAACUGAACAAACUGGAAAUGAAAGUACGCGCUUCUGACAACUUCGACCGGAUCAACGGGAACGACAUCCAGAACUACAUAGCUUCCAAUAAAAUUCAAGAAAUCCAGGGUGAAACCAAAGAGACGAUCCUCAAGCAGCUCUCUAAUGUAACUGAUCAGCAAACGAUCAACACCGAAUCAAUUGCCAACCUGUCAAAACAGGUAACGGACUUUGAGAAGUUGCAUCUAUCCAUGCUGGAAUUACUGGAGAACGUGGAAAACUUGGAAAAUAAAGUGGAUAAAGUCCAUCCGGAGUUCAGGAAAGAAAUCUCGAAAAUCGAGAUUCAGACCAGUCAAAUGUCCGCCGACACAGCCCUUCUGAAAGAAGAAAACAGAAAUAUCAAAGAAUCCAUGCAGGCCAUCAGUUUUUCCGUGUCCAAGCUGCAAGAGAAGAGCAGUGCUGAAGAAGAAACGCUGGAGAGGCUCCAAGAGCACCUGAAAGUACUAGAAAACAGUGACGUCAUGCAAAACUCCAGACUUCACGAUCACAUCUUAAAGGAAGAAUCAUCUACAAUGGACACCAACGCCACCAAAGCGACCAUUCAUCUAGUUGAGGAGCUACGAACCUUCGAAAGUGAAUACAAGAGUAUUGUCAACAAACUGCCACGCAGCUGCGAUUCCGUAAACGGUCCCAAAGGAGUCUACCUAAUAUCACCAGGCGAUGGUGAACCGAUUCUGGCUCAUUGCGAGGAUCGCUGGACAACAAUCCAGAAGAGACACGAUGGCAACAUCAACUUCAACAGGAAAUGGAACGAGUACAGCAAUGGUUUCGGAAGCGCCACAGGAGACCACUGGAUCGGCAACAGAAAUCUACACUAUCUCACCAAAGAUAACUGUACCAUGUUGAAAAUUAAUAUGAAGGAUGUUUACGGGAAAUAUUGGGAAGCCGUUUAUGAUCGGUUUCAUGUGGCAGACUAUACUGACGGAUUUAGAUUAACCGUAUCACACUAUCAUGGAAACGCCAGUGACGCCAUGAACUACCAAAACAAAAUGGAAUUCUCCACGGUGGACAACGAUCGGGAUAUCUCCAACACUCAUUGUGCGAGCAACUACGAGGGAGGCUGGUGGUUCUCCCAUUGCCAACAGGCGAACCUCAACGGAAACAUUUACGAUUUGACGUGGUUCGAUAGCGCGAGGAACCAAUGGAUCGCCGUAGCACAGAGCGAGAUGAAGAUAAAACGUAGAGACGUUUGUUGA